CCUUCCCUGCACUGAUCGCAGGAGCCGGGCGAGAUGGGCAGCAGAAUCACUUUCUUUGAGGUGGAAAUCCUUGACUGGAAGACAAAGCAGCAACUAUGCUUUCUGGAGAAGGUUGAGCCACAUGCUACAAUAAGUGAUAUCAGACUGAUGUUCCAUAAAUUAUAUCCUCAGUGGUAUCCAGCAAGGCAGUCAAUAAGACUUGAACCCAAAGGAAAAUCACUGCGGGAUGAAGAAAGCCUUCAAUUGCUCCCUCUUGGCACAACUGCUACAUUCUAUUUUAAAGAUUUAGGGCCUCAAGUAGGAUGGACCAUGGUAUUUUUGAUAGAAUAUACGGGCCCGUUGUUCAUCUAUUUUGUGUUUUAUUUCCGCAUGCCUUUUAUCUAUGGCCUGGAUGACAGGUUUACCUCAAGCCGACAUCCAGUCGUUAACUUGGCAUGUAUCUGCCAUUCUUUCCACUACAUCAAAAGGUUGAUUGAAACAAUAUUUGUUCAUCGGUUCUCCCAUGGGACUAUGCCACUGAGGAGUAUUGUUAAGAAUUGUUUCUACUACUGGGGAUUUGCUGCCUGGCUUGCUUAUUACAUCAACCAUCCUCUAUACACACCACCUUCCUAUGGACAAAAACAAGUCAAUUUUGCUCUCAUCAUGUGUCUGACAUGUGAAGCUGGAAAUUUUUCUAUCCACGUUGCACUUAGUAAUCUGAGAAAAGACAGCAAAAGAUCCAAGACCUGUAAGAUUCCUUAUCCAACAAAGAAUCCUUUCACAUGGCUAUUCUAUUUUGUAUCCUGCCCUAACUAUACCUAUGAGCUGGGGACGUGGAUUGGUUUUACUAUCAUGACUCAGUGCGUUCCAGUGGGAUUAUUCACCUUACUGUGUUUCAUUCAACUGACGGUCUGGGCAAAAGACAAACAUUACACUUAUCUACGAGAGUUUAAGGACUAUCCUAGUCUUCGAAUGUCUAUCAUUCCUUUCCUUUUGUAAAAAUUUUUACUGAACUAUAAGAACCAAAGUGGAUGAGCUGUUAUGGACAGAACUACAGGCCAUGAGAGAGGCUAUGAAGAUGACUUAGGUGAAGUGUUCCCAGUGCAUGCUGAAUCUGCUCUACAGUGAGAAAUCCUAUGGGUUCCACAACCCCAUCCUCCUCGUAUUUCUGAAUUUGCAACAUGCAGUAUUGGUUCCCAUUUUGCCUCUUUGGCAAUAAAGGUCUUUUGGGACUAACUACACCCAGGUUGUCAGGAUAUUGUCUGCUGCUGAGAGAAGGCACUUUCUAUAUACUUCUGGCUGGGCCUCAUGGCAAAGAGCAAACAAGAAAAUUCAUCACAUAACAGUCUAAAGUUCCACAAAUGGGCUCAUUAAAGAAGACUGAAAUGUAUCCAAAGCUGUCUCAAAGAAAGCUGAUUGGGCUACCUCAAUCAGCAGAAAAUACAGCAACUUGUUCACAACAAAGAUGAAAGCAUUAAAUGAAGAGAAUGAUGGGACUAAGAAUCAUGAACAAUUUCUACACAGUCCUGUUGGGAGUAUACUAUUUCAGACUGCAAGAUGGGGGUUGCAAAUGUGAAUGUUCCCCUUAUAAGAAAUUUCUUGUACAGAGAAAACUGUCACAUGAAGAAAGGUCCUUGCCUGACCUUUUGA